AUGGACACAUAUCUCGGCAAAAAAUAUAAAUUAAAAUCGUCGGAGAAUUUCGACGAGUACCUUAAGUUUAUUGAAGUGGGCAUGCUAUCUAGAAAGCUAGCUACAUCUCUAUCCCCAACUAGUAUAUUGACGAAAAACGAAGAUGGAUCUUACUCUUUGACUCUAGUCACUCCUAUACGAAAAGUGUCUGUAACUUUUAAACUAGGUGAAGAAUUUAUUGAAGAAAGAGCUGACGGUGUAAAAGUAAAAUCAGUUAUGACUAUUGAAGGCAACAGUCUCAUACAAACACAAAUAGAAGACAAUGGUAGGAAAUCAACGCACAUAAGAGAAUUUACUGAUACUUCCCUUACUGUGAUAACAACUGCGGAUGGUUGGAAUGGAAAAUGUAUUAGAAUAUAUGAAUUAGUGGUC